UACAGAAACUAUGGCUUUAACUACUGCAGCACUGCUUUUCAUCACAUUUAUUCCAUUUACUCUCGCCGCAGCUGCUCCCAGUUUCAGCAUCGAUUACAAGAACAACAGCUUCCUGAAGGAUGGAGAACCGUUCCGCUACAUUUCGGGCAGCGUUCACUACAGCCGGAUCCCCCGCGUCUACUGGAAGGACCGUCUGUUAAAGAUGUACAUGGCCGGACUCAACGCCGUCCAGACGUACGUCCCGUGGAACUUCCACGAACCCAUCCCGGGCGUGUACAACUUCACGGGGGAUGGAGACCUGAGCUACUUCCUGCAGCUGUGUAAGGAUAUCGGCCUGCUGGUCAUUCUCAGACCUGGACCGUACAUCUGCGCCGAGUGGGACAUGGGGGGGCUGCCUGCGUGGUUGCUGAAGAAGAAGGACAUCGUGCUUCGCUCCACUGAUCCAGAUUAUUUGGCUGCGGUGGACGGAUGGAUGGGGAAGCUGUUGCCCCUGGUGAAGUCGUACCUGUACCAAAACGGAGGCCCCAUCAUCACAGUGCAGGUGGAGAACGAGUACGGCAGCUAUUUUGCCUGUGAUUUUAAUUACCUGCGACAUCUCGUGAAGCUCUUCCGCUCUCACCUGGGGGACGAGGUGGUGCUGUUCAGUACGGACGGGGCGGCGCCGGGGUUCCUGAAGUGUGGAGCUCUGCAGGGCGUCUACGCCACCGUCGACUUCGGCCCAGGCGGUAACGUAACGGCAGCUUUCGAGACUCAGAGACAGGUUGAACCCCGUGGCCCCCUGGUGAACUCUGAGUUCUACACCGGCUGGUUGGAUCACUGGGGUGAACCUCACUCUGUAACCUCCACAAAAAUCCUCAUCAAGUCCCUGACCGAGAUCCUGGACCUGGGAGCCAACGUCAACCUGUACAUGUUUAUUGGAGGAACCAAUUUUGCGUACUGGAACGGUGCCAACACGCCGUUUGCCCCUCAGCCCACCAGCUACGACUACGACGCCCCUCUGACCGAGGCUGGAGAUCUGACGGAGAAAUACUUCGCUAUUCGUGAUGUCAUUAAAAAGUACAGGAAGUUACCUGAUGGAAUCGUGCCACCAUCUACACCCAAGUUUGCAUAUGGACCUGUGAAAAUGAAGAAAUUACAGACAGUGUCGGAGUCCCUGGACAUCCUGUCCAUUUCAGGUCCUGUAAGAUCGCCGUACCCGCUCACGUUCAUCCAGCUCGAUCAGGUGUUCGGGUUCAUGCUGUAUCAGACGGCGCUCCCUGCAGGCUGUGUGACGCCGACGCCCCUCUCGUCUCCUCUGAACGGCGUCCACGAUCGAGCCUACGUCUCCGUCGACGGGGUUGCCGUGGGGAUUUUAGAGAGAGAUAAAACCAUCAGCAUCAAUAUAACUGGUAAAGCUGGCAGCAGACUGGACGUGCUGGUGGAGAACAUGGGCAGGGUCAACUACGGCAAAUACAUCAACGACUUCAAGGGAUUGGUAUCCAAUCUAACUCUGGGUAAUAAAACUCUGGGUAACUGGACCGUGUACAGUCUGAGUAUAGACGAGGUGGUGAAAGCCGGGCUGCUUUGGGACUCACGGCCUCAUCGCAAGCAUGGCAAAGUCGUCGUUCCUCCACCCCCUAUACCCCCAACUUCUCCACCCAUCGUCCUCUCUCCUCCUACCUUCUAUGGUGGUACCUUCCAGAUUCCUGAUCACAUCCCUGAUCUUCCACAGGACACCUACAUCCGCUUCCCUAACUGGAGGAAGGGUCAAGUGUGGAUCAACGGUGUUAACGUGGGUCGAUACUGGCCCUCGCGCGGACCUCAGGUCACUCUGUUCGUACCGGCGUGUCUCCUAAGCACCAGUGCUCCCAAUAACAUCACUGUACUGGAACUGGAGUCCGCACCCUGCUCUGAUGAUCAGUGUGUGGUGGAGUUUACUGACGUUCCGGUUAUAAACGGCACCAUCCAAUACCAGAAACCCUUCACUAGAAAUCCAGUACACAUGUACAGCCGGGUAUAACCCUGUACCCGCUGUUUAUCUGAGGAAUUGCACUGGGUAUAACACUGUACCAAUGGCACUGCCCAAGUCUGCUUGUAUUAUAAAUAAUGAGCCAUAUGAUUACACAGAUUACACAGAAUACACAAUAUGAAUUUCUCCAGUGUUUUCAAUGUAAAAAAUCAUUCUGAUUUACAACAUUUACUUCUUCGGGUGCUGGAUUUCUAAAUAAAAUGCUUCGUUUUCAAAUAUAUCACAAUUUUUUACCUUUAAAUCACGUACUGUACUACCUCAGAAAACUGAGAAAACUUUUUCAUGACUGUUUUAACUGUGUAAUGAAGGUAACGACACAAGUCUUUUACUUUGGGAACAAAGCUGAUUUUUACUAUUUUCACUUUUCAUACUGCUGGAAAAGAAUAUGUGCAAUAAUGUUUUUUAAAGAUUAUUUUUGGCUUAUAAUGUAUAUAAAGAGAUUAAAUACUUACCUACUGUA